CUGCGGCGCAAGGCCUUCUCUGAGGGGCCAUACUGAGUUGGGGUCGGCGUGAGUCUGUCCGGAGCCGGCCAGCUCCGUGGGGCAGGGACGACGGCUGUGUCAUCCUCCUAGGCAGUGAAGCGGGCCGGGGUCGAUCUGCUCGGAAGCCCUCGUCCGGUCCCGGACCCAUUCGGACUGACUCGUCUCUUCACUUCGGGUAGCUUCGACCUUCCGCGCUUCGGGACUCUUGGCCUCGAUUCGGCUCGGCAUCUUCGUACAGGUUCGGCCCUGCUCGGGCAGUCUCGGCUAGGCUCGGCUCCGCUCGGCGGGUGGCCUCGGCUGGGCUCCGCUCGGCGCCUGGGUGCCGCUUCGGCCUCUGCUCGGGCGGCGGCUUCGGGCUGCCUCGGCCGGGCUCGGGCGGCCUCUUCGGGCCCCGCUUCGGGCUCGGCGCCCGGCGCUUCGGGCGGCCCCGGACCGCGCCUUCGGGCGGGCUCGGCGGAGUCCGGAUGGAGGACUCGGACUCGGCGGCAAAGCAGCUGGGCCUGGCAGAGGCGGCGGCAGUGGCGGCCGCGGCCGCUGUGGCGGCGGCGGCCGCGGCCGCGGCGGGAGGCGAGGCGGAGGAGCCAGUGCUGAGCAGGGACGAGGACUCUGAGGAGGACGCGGACUCGGAGGCAGAGCGCGAGACGCGGCGGGUCACAGCCGUGGCUGUGAUGGCGGCAGAGACGGGGCACAUGGACAUGGGUGCCGAGGCCCUGCCCGGCCCCGACGAGGCCGCCACUGCCGCCGCCUUCGCAGAGGUGACCACGGUGACGGUGGCCAACGUGGGGGCCUCUGCGGACAAUGUGUUUACCACAUCGGUGGCGAAUGCGGCAUCGAUCUCAGGACACGUUCUGUCUGGCAGGACAGCCCUUCAGAUUGGGGACAGCCUGAACACUGAGAAGGCCACGCUGAUUGUCGUGCACACGGACGGGAGCAUCGUGGAGACCACUGGGCUGAAGGGCCCAGCGGCUCCCCUCACCCCAGGUCCUCAGUCUCCUCCAACUCCUCUAGCUCCUGGCCAAGAGAAAGGUGGAACCAAAUACAACUGGGACCCCUCGGUGUAUGACAGCGAGCUGCCCGUGCGGUGCCGGAACGUCAGCGGCACAUUGUACAAGAGCAGGCUCGGCUCAGGAGGCCGGGGCCGCUGCAUCAAGCAGGGGGAGAGCUGGUACAGCCCGACUGAGUUCGAAGCCAUGGCCGGGAGGGCCAGCAGCAAGGACUGGAAGAGAAGCAUUCGCUACGCAGGCCGGCCCCUGCAGUGUCUCAUCCAGGAUGGGAUUUUAAACCCUCACGCUGCCUCCUGCACCUGUGCUGCCUGCUGUGACGACAUGACCCUAAGCGGCCCUGUCAGGCUCUUUGUGCCUUACAAAAGGCGCAAGAAGGAGAAUGAGCUGCCCACGACCCCGGUGAAGAAGGACGCUCCCAAGAACAUCACGCUGCUGCCUGCCACAGCCGCCACCACCUUCACCGUGACCCCGUCAGGGCAGAUCACUACCUCUGGGGCACUGACCUUUGACCGGGCAUCCACCGUGGAGGCCACUGCCGUCAUAUCAGAGAGUCCUGCCCAGGGCGACGUCUUCACAGGAGCCACAGUCCAGGAGGCUGGUGUGCAGCCCCCAUGCAGGGUCGGCCAUCCUGAGCCUCACUACCCCGGCUAUCAGGAUAGCUGCCAGAUUGCACCUUUUCCAGAAGCUGCAUUGCCAACAUCACAUCCCAAAAUAGUGCUGACGUCCCUGCCUGCCCUGGCCAUCCCACCCCCCACCCCCACCAAAGCCGCGUCCCCCACGGUGGUCAACGGGCUGGAGAUGUCCGAGCAGCGGAGCUGGCUGUACCUGGAAGAGAUGGUCAACUCUUUGCUCAGCACAGCGCAGCAGCUGAAGACGCUGUUUGAACAGGCCAAGCAGGCCAGCUCCUACCGAGAGGCUGCCGUGACCCAGGCCAAAAUGCAGGCAGAUGCAGAACGCAAAGAGCAGUCCUGUGUCAACUGCGGCCGUGAGGCCCUGAGCGAGUGCACCGGCUGCCACAAGGUUAACUACUGCUCCACCUUCUGCCAGCGCAAGGACUGGAAAGACCACCAGCAGGUGUGCGGGCAGUCAGCAGCCGUCACCGUGCAGGCGGACGACGUACACGUUGCCGAAAGCGUGAUGGAGAAAGUGACCGUCUGAGGGGCUGCCCGUGCUCUGCACCGUGGUGAGGCUGCAGCAGGGUGAAGACUCCACCUCCCAAGACUUUGGGGGCGCUGAGGCAAGGCAGUUGUGAACAGUGAAGAAACUUGCUGGCCAAGUUACCAAUGGACUUGAGGGGCCUGUGCCUGGGGCGCGGAGACUUGGAGGGCUGGUGGCUUCCUGAGCCCACCCUGAACUGCCCGCCCCUCACGGUGCUUUCUCAUCUCUGGGCUCAGGAGCAUCCCAUCCUGCCCAUGGUAUGCCCUGUGAUGCGUGUAUAUACGUGUUGUGUCUGUCAAUGAAGUUGUAAAUAAAGUCUCCCUGCCCCUGGGGGAUGGCUGGUUCCA